UUGUCUCUGAAGCUUUGACUGCCCAGUGCCGGUUGCCAGGCAGUUCUCAGUUGCUGUGACGACUGCAGUGGCUGUAGCUUAUUCAGGAGCAGAAGAUUCUUAACCUUCCAAUCUGCAUCAUCCUCUCUUCACUGAAGACUGUCGGACUGUUUGCUUCUCUGCUUCUUUCUGCCUCUUUGUUUUCUGUCGCUGUUUUCACUGCUUCCUUUAAAUGCUCUUGACUGCUGCGAGGACAGGGAUCCCUCUCUCCUCAGCCGCUCACAUCCUGACACCUCUGCGGUGGGUGCGAGUUGGGGAACAUGACCUCUGCAAAGGAAGGGGCUGCUUCAGGAAAAGGGGUCCCGCAACAGGAACAGGAGCUGGUUGGGAGUAACCCUCCACAGAGGAACUGGAAAGGGAUAGCAAUUGCACUGCUGGUUAUUCUAGUCAUCUGCUCUCUGAUUGUAACCUCGGUUAUCCUCCUCACUCCAGUCGAAGACAACAGCCUGGCGUUAAAGGCAAAGGUCACCAUUGACGAUCUCUUCACUGAAGAAUUCAAGGUUCACGAUGUGGAGGCUAAGUGGAUCAGCGAUACCGAGCUGCUGUAUCGCACCUGGGAUGGAAACCUGGAGAGGCUGAACGUGGAAACCAUGGGCACAACUCUUCUGAUGACAAACCGGAAAUUUCAAGAAUUUAAAGUCAGCAGAUAUGAAGUAUCACCAGACAUGAAGUUUGUUCUGCUUGCGUAUGACAUUGAACAGACUCACCGCCAUUCCUUCACUGCCCAAUACACACUGUGUAAUCUACACACAUGGGAACAUCUCGCUUUGAACCCACCAGAGGUUAAGAAUGCACGGUUGCAGUAUGCAGGCUGGGGUGUCCAAGGUCAACAACUGAUUUUCAUUUUUGAGAACAACAUCUUCUACCAGCUGAACGUUAAUAGCCGAGCCAUACGUCUGGUCGCGACUGGGAAGGAGGGGGUCAUUUUCAAUGGCCUGAGUGACUGGCUAUAUGAAGAGGAGCUCCUGAGAACUAAUGUUGCUCACUGGUGGUCUCCAGAUGGUGCCCGGCUGGCCUACGCCACAAUCAAUGACUCAAGGGUCCCCACCAUGGAAAUCCCAAUGUACCUCAACUCCUUGUAUCCGACUGGAAGGGUGUACCCUUAUCCAAAGGCUGGCCAGGAGAAUCCGACCGUCUCCCUCUAUGUGGUGAAUUUAAAUGGGCCUACACACACGCGCGAGAUGGUCCCACCGGAUGACACAAGAAUGAAGGAAUAUUAUGUUACCAUGGUAACAUGGGCCAGCAGCACCAAAUUAGCAGUGAACUGGCUGAACAGGCCCCAGAAUGUUUCCAUCCUGACCUUAUGUGAGGCAACAACAGGUAUUUGCACAAAGAAACAUGAGGAUGAAAGUGAAAGCUGGCUGUCUAGACAGAAUGAAGCCCCUUUGUUCUCCAAAGAUGGAAGGAAGUUUUUUUUCAUCCGCCCCAAUCCACAGGGAGGCCGAGGAAAGUUCUACCACAUCGCGAUGUCAUCUGCUCAAGUUAACAAUAGUAUCGAUAACUUGCAGUCCAUCACCUCUGGUAACUGGGAUGUGACGCAGAUUCUGACAUACGACGAACUUCAUCAAAAAAUUUACUUUCUGAGCACAGAGGACUCUCCCUUGCGUCGACAAUUGUACAGUGCGGAAACCAGCGGAACGUUUAACCGGCGCUGUCUGUCCUGUGACCUGAUCCCUAACUGUACGUCCUUCAGUGCUUCAUUUAGCCACAACAUGCGCUACUUUUUGUUGUACUGCAAAGGUCCAGGAGUUCCAAGAGUCACAGUUCACAGCACCAGUGAUAGACACGAAUAUUUUGUACUGGAGAAAAAUGAGAAGGUCUACAAUGCUACUGAGAGCAAGCAAAUGCCCAAGAUAGAGUACAGAGAUGUUCAGAUAAAGGAUUACACACUCAAAAUGCAAAUUAUGAAGCCAGCAGGAUUCUCAGAGUUGUCACAAUACCCUUUGUUACUUAUUGUCGGUGACAGUCCUGGUACCCAGAUUGUCACAGAGCAGUUCCAAGUAGAUUGGACAACUAUCCUUGUUAGUUCAUUCGACGCUAUUGUUGUUAAGUUCGAUGGGCGCGGCAGUGGUUUCCAAGGCACCAAACUCUUGUAUGAAAUAAAGGGAAAAUUGGGAACUGUGGAAGAAAAGGAUCAGACAGAUGCUUUGAAGAUCCUCUUGAAAGAACCUUACGUUGAUGCAACCAGAGUUGGAGUUUUUGGGCAGGCUUAUGGCGGUUAUCUGACUUUGAUGCUACUUACAACAGAAAACGACUUGGACAAAAAAAAUGCCUUGUUCAAGUGUGGAAUUGCACUUUCACCAAUCACAGACUUUAAACUCUACGCAUCUGCGUUCUCGGAGCGUUAUCUGGGCAUGCUCAGCAGAACUGAAAGAGGUUAUGGGGUGUCAGAGGUUACAUAUCGGGUGCUACGGCUGCGAGAGGAAGAGUUAUUGUUAAUCCACGGGACUGCAGACGAAACUGUCCACUUCCAGCAUACGGCAGACCUAAUAACCCACUUAAUCAAUGCAAAAGCUAACUAUUCUUUGCAGAUAUACCCAGAUGAGGGCCACUUCAUGGAGAAAGCAUCAGUCAAACAGCACCUGCACAAAUCCAUUGUCCGGUUUUUCGAGAAAUGCUUCACUAUCCCUGACAAGACUCCCUUAAAAACAGAAGUGGAGGAGGAAGAGGAUGAUUAAACUUUUUGAGCUGGGUGCCAAGCACAAGACAUCUCUUUUAUAGAUACAACUGAUUUUCAUUUUCCAAUACAGUGUUAUGUUAGCAUGUUACAAAGACUGAGGGCAGCUUCACUGAUGUCACAGCUUCGUCAUUGGAAGAGCCUCCAGCAUGAGAAUCAAAGUCGGAGUGUUGAGUGUUCCAGUGUAACUGACAUCCCCCAACACCCCACCCUCCCCACCGACCAAAUAAAAACAAGUGCUGUCAAUUUCUGUAAUUCCUCAUGUGAUGGGACGUAAGAAAAUUACCCCUAUUGGAUGGCUGAGGAGAGACUCAGCAGGUGCGAGGUCGGGUAGAGCAAGAGUUGCCCACACGUUCAAUGAGUGAUUUGUCAGGUCCACCCAGAAGUCAGCAGCAACGGCAGCAACGCCUGAUACAUCAGCAAAUGGUCUUGUUAUUCAUGGCAUGAGGCGGGAAGCAAACUGCGCUAGCAGUUUUAUAGCACAACAGCGGCAAAGUGUUUCAAUGUGUAGGGCAACUUCCAUCAUUUGUAUUUCAGGAUGUCCAACUUCCCCAUUCAGCCAGUAGCAUCCUCAGGGGUCUGAGCUGAAGGCUGACACAGCACCCGCCUGAUUGUGCCAACCAAUCCUUUCCUUUGUACCUUGCCUCUGUCCCCAUCUUCAAGGUAUUGACCAGGCCAUGGGAACUUGCAAUGAUCCAUCUAUUACCUCUGUUCAUGAGGUAGGCCAUCCCUAUCAUGGCAGAUAAUGAAAGUUCUGCUUUGAAUCCCAAACCUCUGAUCGGUGAUCUUGCCUGAAUGAACUGAACUGCCAUCUCUCCUUCUUUGGAAAUGGUUGUCCCCUCCUUUGUCCUGUUCACUUUCAUUGCAGCUCCGGUUCAACCUGUCUCAGCAGUAACAAUGAAACCCAGCUCCAGCUCACGGUUGUUGCUUCGUUUGCCACUACUUAAAUGAAUGUACAUCCCAGUUGCCGCCAAUAACACGACAGGACUCCAAAUGCACUUCUUAUGUACCUCUGUGUCAGUUCUCUUUAAGGUCAUCCGUGCUUGGGAAGGCAGCACUCCAUCUCUGCACGGUUGCAACAUGCUUUAGUGUGCAGUGGGAGUGGACGUGUUUUAUUUCUUUGCGCUGUAGCCUCAUGGUUGCUUUCUCCUCCUUCAUGCUGCCUCACUGACGUGUGUAUCAUUCUUUGGUAGCAUUUCUUUAAUCCUCUGAGCACCGUCUAUAAAUCACAUUGCGACAACUUGCAUGCUCUGUUCAUUUCACAGCUCUGUUGAUCCUGUGAAACUAAGAUGCCGGAACCUGGAGAAAAGUUACCUCCAGUUCCCACAGGUGAUUUUGCUGCUGCAAAAUACAAUUUAGUGUUAAAUAUUUAAUAACCAGACAAAAUGGACAACAGUAUCCAAAGUGUUUAUAAGUGUUCUUAAAGAAAAUAUAAAAAAUAUACAAAACUUCCUCACGUAAGCUUCAAUAAUCCUACCAUACAUAAGAUAAGAUAUCUUUAUUAGUCACAUGUACAUCAAAACAGUGAAAUGUAUCUUUUGCGCAGUGUUCUAGGGAAAGCCCCCAAGUGUCGCCACGCUUCCGGCGCCAACGUAGCAUGCCCACAACUUCCUAACCUGUACGUCUUUAGAAUGUGGGGGGAAACCAGAGCACCUGGAGGAAACCCACGCAGACACGGGGAGAUUAUGGUCCACCUCGUCCGUGCUGACCAUAAUGCAGAUCAACAUUAAUCCCAUUUGCCUGCAUUAGGCCCGUAUCCCUCUACUCCUUUCCUAUCCAAGUACCUGUCCAAACACCUUUUAAAUGCUGUAACUGUAUCUGCCUCUACCACCUCCUCUGGCAGCUCGUUCCAAAUAUCCACCACCCUCUGUGUGAAGCACUUGACCCUCAGGUCUCCUUUAAAUCUCUCCCCUCUCACCUUAAACCUAUGCCCUCUAGUUCUGGAUUCCCCUGUCCUGGGAAAAUGACUCUAUCUAUGCCUCUCUUAUCCUUAUAAAUCUCUAAAAUGCCACCCCUCAGCCUCCUACAUUCCAGUUAGAAUAAACCCGACCUAUUCAGUCUCUCCCUAUAAUGACAGCCGUCCAUUCCAGGCUACGCCCUGGUGAAUCUCUUCUGCACUCUUUCUAUUGCUACCAUAUUCUUCCUGUGGCGUGGUGACCAGAACUGUACACAAUACUCUAGAGUGCAGUCUAACCAAUGUUUUGUACAACUGCAACAUGACAUCCCAACUCUUACACUCAAUGCCUCAGCCUAUGUAGGCAAGCAUAGCAAAUGUCUUUUUCAUUACCCUAUCCAACUGUGUUGCCACUUUCAGCGAGCUGUAGAUUUGCAUCCCAAGGUCUCUUGGUACAUCAACACAAGGUUUUGAUGUUGUUCUUAACAUUUGGUUUAUGUACUCUGACAAGGGAAAAGGGGUUGCAAAAUCUUGUCCUUUAGUUUAGUGCUCAGAGGAUUAAGAAUGCAGACAUUUCCUUUAAUAUCACCUCCUUGGAUGUUUCAAAUAUUUUGCCCAUUGAUGUAGCAACUGCCUAAUUUUGCAAAUUUGCACAGCUGACAGGGAGCUGAAAUCUUACCCUUUUACUCAAAUCCCCCUCACUUGAGAAGGUUAUAAAGACAUUGUUGCAAAUUUACUUUGAACAGCAGGUAGAUUUAUAAGGAGAUAUAUUUGGUUAAGAAUAAAAAGAACACAUAAAAAUUGAAAAGAGCAGUGAAAAUUUGAAAGGCAAUUUCUAUUCUGGGAAAUUGCAAAGAAUGGGUUUGUAUCCCUUUGGGUUUCAAAGAUUGAGCGGUGACCUAGCUGAUUGUGUUCAGAGAUGUUGAGCGAGGAAUUUCCUCUGGUGGGCAUGAGGAGAAUGCAGAAGGGGGAAGCAAAGCUUUAAGUUAAAGCCAGGCUAUUCAGAAGUGAUGUGGGAAAACGAAAACUCCAAGGAUCUGGAAUUGAGUGACUGUAAGGAUGUUGGAACAGAAUCAAUCAGUGCCUUCAAAAGGGAGUUGGAAGGACACAAGGGGGAAAUUCAUUUAUACUUACACUGAUUCAGAAGGGGGCCUUUCAGCCCAUCAGAUCCAUGCCAGCUCUCAGCAGAGCUAUCCCAUUAGUCGCAUUCUCCCUCUACUUAUUUCCCUGUACCCCUGAAACUUAUUCUCACACAUGCUCAUAAACUCCCUUUUGAUUCUUCUUGACAUGAGUCCACAUUAAGGGAUAGUUUGGGGUGGAAAUUAACCUACCAACAUGUCUUAGGGAUGUGGGAGCAAACCAGAGCGUCUGGGGGAAACCCACAUGCUCAUGGGGAGAACGUGCAAACUCCAUGCCGAAUGUCAGAUCCAACCCCAGAUCCCUGAAGCUGUGAGGCAGCAGCACUAACUGCUGUGCCUCUGUGUUACCCAACUUGCAGGUCUAAAAGCGAAGAAGGAAAUGGGACUCAAUAGACUGCUCUCUGGAGGGCCAGCAAGGAUUUUGUUGUCCUAAUGUCCCCCUGGCCAUACUGUUCUCUGCCUCAAGGCCUGUGCAAGGGUGUCAGCAGAUGUCUGCACUCAAUCCCACAUGGCCUGUUCAAUUGACCACAUCUGCCAUGUGAGUACAACUGAUGGCCGAUAUGUUUACAGGUACUUAGCGCUCAAAGGCAAAUUUCUCCGCCGCCCCCCUGCCCCUCUUAAGGUUGAUAACAACCUUCUGCAGGGGUGCACACAUUUGGAGGCAAACAAGGGCCCAUCCGUGUCUCAGUUCCCCCCCUCGCCUCACCAUUCAGAACCUUUUGUGUAACAGAUAGAUAUUAGAGCGGGAUAAAAUGUCGGCACAACAUGAUGGGCUGAAGAGCCUGUACUGUGCUGUAAUGUUCUAUGUUCUAAUAGGUUAUGGGUGCACGCACAUGGUUGCUGUCAAUAAUAUGGGCACACACACAUACACACACACACACACACACACACACACACCACAAAGCUGUUCGGUUUCAAAUCCCACGCACAACCCUAGUUCAGUGCCUCCCCUUUACAGCACCUGGCUACUUCUUAAACCAGUCUUGGCCUCAACAACCCCUCCCAUCAACCUUCUGUGGUUCCUGAGCACUCCCGGCAUACAGAAACCCCUUCAAUUGAUGAUGAUGAACCCUCCCCCCUUUACCCCUAAAUACCAGCACUCUCGUAUGUGGCAUUCAAGAUAAUAUCCCUGAAUAUUCACCGACUGUUUCUUCAGCAUGGUGACCACAGGUGUGUGGGAUUGAAGAGGAAGAUGGAGCCAGACCGUCAAAGUACUAACAAAAAUCCGUCACUGUUCUUGUAGUUACCAUCAAAAUGCUAACGUUACCAUUGGAACACCAUCCCUGUGCUCUAACUUUAUAGUUCAGCUACACUCACAUUAGGAACUCAUUAUAAAACCUUGCUGUCUAAGUAUCAAUAACUAUACUAUAGAUGCGUUUAUACCAUUGCUUUAAGCAUCUCAUUUUAAUCAAUGCUCUGUAUGUAAAACUGUCUCACUGUACUCAGUGAGUUGAAGAUAUCAUUUCCUACCAAACUUAAUAAAUAAACGAUAUU